GGCUGCGCGCGGGGAGGGAGCAGGACCGGGACGGGGCUCGGACGCCGGGGCUGCGGCUGCAGCGCGGGUUCCUCUGGCGGCGCCUCUGCGCUCCGUGGGCUCCGCCGCGAGGGCUCCCGUUUGCCUCGCCAGGCGCUGGGCACGAGGCGCGAUGGGCUGUUCUAGCAGCGCCCAGACCCAGACCCAGGACAGCAACCGGCCGGCUGCAAAACCCAGCGACACCAACGGGCUGCAGAAAUGUGAUGAAAACUUUCCAACCACAGAGGAAAAUGAAACUAUACCUGACCAGACAAAGUUAGAUCCAAUGGAGGAGGUGGAUCUCACACCUGAGGAGACAAAACCUAGUGAGAAUCUUCCAGCAGAGGAGCCAGAAGUUUUGAUUCCAGCAGCAGCAGAAUGUGUUAAUUCUCACUAUAAAAGAGUGGAUCUGGAGGGCACUCGACCGCUGGCUGCAGAACACCUGGGGGGCACUGGACCACCAGCGAAACACAUUGGGAUACCACCACCUGUGGGACCGGCUGAGGGCACUGGGAUACCGCCACCUGCGGGACCGGCAGAGGGCACUGGGAUACCGCCACCUGCGGGACCGGCAGAGGGCACUGAGAUACCGCCACCUGCGGGACCGGCAGAGGGCACUGAGAUACCGCCACCUGCGGGACCGGCAGAGGGCACUGAGAUACCACCGCCUGCCGGACUGGCAGAGGGGAGUGUCAGCCCUGUAACAGAAAUAGUCAGGGAAGUACAAAGUAAUGAAGAGGACCAAUUCAUUGAGGGUGAGACGGGAGAAAAAGUGGAAACUGAGAAGCACAGUGAGCUAGUAAGUGAGGGGACUGAAACAAAAGAAGAAGAAGAAACAGGAGAAGCUGUGGAUGCUACAGCAGCAACAGAGAUAGAGGCAAUGAAUAACGAGGAAUGAGAGUCAGGUCUAUAUGGACUUCUUCUUCUUGGUCCUAUCAGCUGUUCAAAUGAACAUUCUUUAAUCUAAUCGCUUUUGGGGGAAAACAUGAGGAUUUUAAAAAGCUUUUAUGGACUUCGCUACAAGCAUUAACAAAGGGCACCAGAAAAAAUCUAAGUAUUUUUCCUGAAGUCAAGUUGCCAAGACUUCAACAAGUAAUUGAAAUAUAUGAACUUUUUACCUAUCUGCCAUAGAGUGCCUUCUAUACGCUGCUAAUAGAGUGGAAAGAAUUGUCAUAUAAAACAGUCUAACUGCUCAAUUUUUUUUAAAGAGUUUUCCAGGUUAAAAUGAGUAACUUAAAAUCCAUCUGAGGGACACUUAUAAUUGGUACCAACUAGCAUUAUACAGGAUGCAAAAGAUACAAUACUGCAUGUUGUUUCAAUGUUAGUGCUAGGUUGAGAUCAGAAACAUAGGUCCAGUCCUGAUCCCAAACCUUACACAGGUGAGUAGUUUCAGUGAGUGCAUGGAAUACUCAUGUUUAUCAAGUUGCUCAAGUGCAUAGAUAUAUACAGGAUUAGGACCUCAGAGCACCAUUUAACAGGACCUAGCUAGAUGCAACAAUCAGUUUUUCAAGAAGAUAAAGAAUACAUAGGGUGUGACACUGUAUGAGGACAAAUGUCUUUUGGUGACUUUACAAAAAAAGGUUACUGAUAGGAUAGCAGUAGCACAUACACUUGGUAACUAUUGUGGUGGAAGAACGCAUUUAAAAUAUUUUAUAUUGUAUUAUGUAUUUUAUGCUCAUAGUAUCAGUCCUGACACAACUAAGGAAGUACAAAAAGAAACUUUGAAAUUACUAAAACUCAGAUGGAUACAAAUUAUUAAUAAAAUUACAUUUAGACACUGUAUAGUUUCUAAAAUAAUUAUAAAAUAAAAUAAUUAUAAACAUUCUAGCCACAUUUUCCUGAUAAGUGUUAUCUUUAAAAAAAAAAUUUAUACUGUGUGGAUUCUUACUUGGUUUACAAUAUGCUAAAUAGCUCCUGAAGCUGAAGUUGAACAAUGAAGCCUUUCAACAUAAACUUCUUGUGGAAACAAGCCUGGAAACAGCUGAUUUCAUGGAUGUGAUAGAGGAUAAAUCUGUCCUGAUACUGAACAGGAAGAAAGGCACCACUGAUUAUCGCUGGGACUGCAUUUGCAAAACUCUUUGGCAUAAGAAAUCAAAGGACUGCAGUCGGGGAGAAAAGUGAGGUUUUUCAGAAUGGGUGAGCACUUAUUGGCUCCAUUUAGGAGGUCUUCACAGGGCAGCCCAGAGGGGGGGGCAAGAGGGGCAAUUUGCCCCAGGCCCCGAGCCCCACGGGGGCCCCCACCAGAGU